CCAUUCAUAUCCUCCUCGGCGUCGAAGACGGCGAAGGGAGCGCGAUGAAGAUACUCUGCGUCGUGUGCCUCAAAGAAGAAGCCUCGGUGUUCUGCUGCGCCGACGAGGCCGCGCUCUGCGACGCCUGCGACCAGCGGGUCCAUCGCGCGAACAAGGUCGCCGGCAAGCACCGCCGCUUCUCCUUCUCCGCCCAGUCCCACCCGCUCUGCGACAUCUGCAAGGAGAAGCGAGGGUUCUUGUUCUGCCAAGACGACCGGGCGAUUCUUUGCCACGACUGCGACGCCUCCGUCCACGCUGUCAACCGUCUCACCAUGAAACACAAUAGGUUCCUCCUCGGCGGCGUCCGGCUCUCCGCCAUGCCGAUUUCCUCCCCCCUUCCCUCCGCCGGACCAGAGGCCAAGGCGGCCGCGUCCGUGAGCAGAGAAAAUAACACAUCGGUCGCAGACGUUUCCACCAGCUGCAGCACCACCGGCAUCCGCGCCACCAGCAGCAUCUCGGAAUACCUAACCAAGACGUGCCCGGGAUGGCGAGUCGAGGACCUGCUCGUCGACGAGGAAGCAACGGUUCGAGGGGAGUACUGUUUUUUUAUCGCGCAGGGGACCGGCUCGCUUCCAUUUCCGGGGCCGGACGGCGGGGGGAUGUAUCCGGCGGCAGACAAGUUCCCAGCGUUGGCACCGCAGGUGCCCCAGUUCCCUCCACCUUGUCUCCCCGCCGGCGCCUCCAUCGCCGGCACCGGACACUACCAGCCGGGUCAAGGGAGCAAGGUGGCAGCGCAAGAGCAGUGGAAGGAACAAAAGUUCACGGUGCCACAGAUCUCCCCUGCUUCGGCUCUCACCAAUAGACCAACAUGGCCGGCCUUUUGGCUCACAUAGUUUCUACUCUGUUAGUUUUUAGGGUUAUGGCUUGUGCCAUGGAGAUUGCUUGUUUUGGCUGGUGCCUUUGUGAAAGCUUCAAAUUUCCAGACUCAAUUAGUGUAAGAAUGUAUAUGCUUUCCCCAACUUUCUUGUUGAAAGAUGUGCGGUUUGGGAACACCAA